AUGGACCUCCCCAAAGGCGGUAACUCGCCCGCUUCCGAACGUCUUCUUCCUCUCGACGCCCGGGAGAAGACUGCUUCGGGGAUAGAGUCAACGAACGACAACUGGCAGCGACCAAAGCUAGCUAACACGAUGCCAUAUCUCCGGCGAACGAUCGUGGUCUUGUUAUUGUGUAUGCUGGUCCUCUUAGGCCUUGCCUCCGCCGGCUCACCGCGAGUGCAUUGCCAUGACGGCGCCACGGGUCGCCAGACAGACGCCACGACGUCAGAAUCGUUCUCGGAUAUGCUGAAGUCGGCGUCGCCGGCGUCUCUCCAUGAGCUCCUGCAUCGGUAUUUCCCCGGUCGGUUCAGGGACGGAGUGUUUGAAUCCGAACACAAGGCAAUGGAGGAAGUCCACCGGGCGAACGCGGCUCUCGCGACUUCCAUCUUGCAGCUCGCGAAGCGCCAAGAGCCUAACUCGACCACCUCUGGCGACAACCCAACCCCGACGGUGACAGAGAUAGAGACGUCCACAUCGACAUCGACGGAGACAGAGACGGAGACGCAGACAGAGACUACGACAUCCGUGCCACCUGUGGACAGCACGACCUCGACGACGGUUGGCCCCACCGCGAGCACGUCGAGCGUUGCGCCGCCGAGCAGCAGCAAUGUGCCGCCCGCCAGCACCGGCGGCAGCCCAAGCACUACUCCCACAUCUACUCCUUCCUCCUCGCCCCCUGACACCACUCUCACAACGUCGACCAAGCCUCCCGCCGCCACCACCACGGCGCCGCCUCAGACCUCCAAGCAGAUCGUCAGCACCUUCACGAGCACGUCCCCCAAUGGUGUCGUCGUUACCGUCGUCGCGACAACCUACGUCCCCGGCGACGCCGCCCACCAGACUGGGUCAUCAGCGACCUCGACGAGGGCGCCCGGCAGUCUCCAGAACGCUGCCGUGGACCGUCACAGCAGCGGCUCGAUUCUGGCGGGCGCGGUGGCGCUUGUCAUGUUGUUGAUCGUGGUGUAA